AAAUUGGAGCAACAAAUGUCAAACGCAGUUGCAUUGACUUGACGUCGUAACUGAUAUGGCAAAUUAUGUGUACUAUACAAAUUCAAAACUUUGUGUCUCGUUUAAUUAGAGUCGGUGAUACUUCAAAUGUUAUUGCUUAGUUAUUCUUAUUGAUUUUGUCUAUCAUCGAUUUGGUUUGGGUAGUGGAUACAACAUGUGUGAAGUGGCGCAUUCGUCAAAAGAUCUUACGACAGCAAAAAUAAACAUAAAUGAUGAUGGAGAUGUAUAUGAGGCAGCAGAACCAACUUUGUCGAAUAUGCCAGUAGAGAUUAUUUUAAAAAUUUGCUCAUUUCUGGAAGCAGAUGUUUUAAAGUAUACAUUGAGCAAAGUGUGUCGAAGAUUUGAAGAUAUUUUAGCGGAUGAUCAUCUUUGGAAGUAUUGGGUGCAUAGUAAAAUAAAAGGUUUCUUUCCCGUUUUACCCAAUUUAAAAAUAUGGGAGGAAACACAGAUAGAUUGGGAAGGAGUGUGUGUUGAAAUGGAUGUUGAGAGGAAAAAGUGGAGUAAUGUUAACAAUACAAUGAAACAUAUUGUUGUCAAAGAUGUGCAUUAUGCAUCUGUGGAUACUGUGUUGUUGGCCAAUAAAGGUGAAAUAUGUUUGUCAGGUGGUAGAGAUCGUGGAAUGGCUUUUUGGCAUGUGAAAGACUUGAAAGUUAAUAACAUUGAUGAUGAUACAAUUAUAAUGAGAAAUGCCAAGCCACGACACAUAAAGCACGACGCGCACGCCGGCUGGGUGUGGGAUCUUGCUGCUGAUAAUAUUGACAAUGCCUCUGUUGUGUAUUCUGCCUCCUGGGAUAACACAGUCAAAGCCUGGGACUUGACAAGUGGAUUGAAUUGUAUUGAAACUUUUAGUUGCGGGAUGUCUGCAUUGUCUUUGGUGACAGCUGAAAACACAGUGAUGGUUGGUUUAUACUCAAAGAAAAUACUAACCUUUGAUAUAAGAUCAGGAUCUCAUCCAAUAAAUGCUUACAAACCUCACAAAGGUCCAGUGUUGGCACUUAGUUCGUAUGAAAAUAUGAUCGCAUCUGUGAGUGAAGAUAAAACCUUAGCUGUCUGGGACAGAGUUGCUGGGAAAUUGAUAAAAAAUGAUAUCAAAAUACCAGCUGAUCGAUCAUACCCUGUUUGUAUUAAUUGGAAUUCACCAGCUUUGUAUAUUGGCGACUCUAAAGGAUCAUUACAUGUAUUCAAUCCAGAGGAUCAUACAUUUGUGAGGACACACGAGAUUUGGGCUGAAUCCUCAGUUAUGGAGCCAUCUAAUAAAAUAGCUGGAUGCUAUCAAAGCCAAGGAAAUAUAAUCGUUUGCUCGGACAGAGGGGAAAUUAAAUUUUUGUACAAUUGUAAUCCACCUCAAGAAUACAGCAGUGUACAAACAAGCACAAUAGAUGUUACACAGUUGCGAUAUCUAGAUGGUGUGCUGGUUAUAGGAACGUGUGAUUCCGCACUCGAGUUCUGGAUUUCAAACGAAAGAUACAACUAUGAAUAAUGGUUUUACAUAUAUUUAAAAUAGUAACAAAUAACCUAUUUAAUUUUCAAGGUUGUUGAUAUUUUUUAAUGACAAUGCAAUAACAAAGAGUGCUAGGAGAUAUUUAAUUAGACUAAAAGAUUUUAUACGUAUUUAACAAAGAAUAAAAUAAAUGACAAGUGUUUUUUAUAUUAGUGUAUGAAAUUUAUGAGUUAAUCUUUUAACAAAUACAAAAUUAUGUAUUGUAACGGAAUUUGAAAGUAUGCUUGGCCUUUUUUGUUUAGUAUGGUGUGUGUGAAAUUCCAAAUCUCAAAUAAUUCAUGUGGUUUUUUUUAUUUUUAAUUGAACCAAAAAAAUUACAGGCUAUUUGUAUAAGUAAUAAUAUUUAUUUCAUUUUAUAUAAUUCGAAUGUCAAAAUAUCCAUACUUCUUAAAAAGGAUAUUGUGUAGCUUAAUUUUUGAUAAUCGUCGACUAAAAUAUUGCCUUUUUUUAACCUUUUUAAGUUUGGUAAAAAAAUUGUAAGAUCCACUAAAUUAUUGUGAAGGGUUUUAAUCGUUAGUUAAGCUGCGUUUUUUUUAUACUAUAAAAGAUCUUUAUUACUUUACACUACAAAAAUUAUUGUUUAUAUUAAAAUGACUUGACUUUAACUGUAAUAUUCAAUUUCAGUAUAAGUAAUAUUUAAAUAUCUAAAUUGUUAGUCAUUUCCAGGAUAAUCAAUAUAAAAUAUCCAAACAUUAUUAUGAGAUUAAGGGCCUGUCCCACCAAAAUUGUAGAUUAUCCAAUAACAAUCGGACAUGUAAAAUAUGUGAUGGAAAUAUCGGAUUUUUAACCUAUCUCAGCCUCUAUCAGCCAUUAGUGGGACAGGCCCUUAAUUUUGUGUUACUAUGUAUACAUUUUGAUGAAUAUUAUUUAUUAUUUGUAAAUUGUAUGUGAUUCUGUUUAUAUGUCAGUAGUUCUUUGAAUUACAGAACCUUCCAGAAACUAGAUUAGUAGUUUCUUCUAAUAUUAGAGCACAAAAAAGAAAAAAUAUAUGUAAUGCACAUCUUUUUUACACAGAUUAUAUUAGUUUUAAUAUUUCAGGCACAUGUUUUUCUUCCCUAUGAAAUGUUACAUGUAAAUUUGUUUUGACUUUCAUAAAUUGAAAAUAUUUUACGAGCUUUCUGGCAAUUAUACAACAUUCCGUAUAAAACAUCUAAGGUUUAAUUCAAUAGAAAUGUGGAAAUAUAAAAACCUAUCUAAACAAUAUUACCAUUACUGCUGUAAUUACAGAAUUAUGAAAAAACGGUAAUUUAUAUUAUCAAUUUAAACACCAAUGUUCCAAAUCCAUAGAUAAUAUAUGAAGCUAGUGAAAUGUGUAAAUAUUUCUAUUGAAUUUGUUCCUAGGUGAAGGGUGAAAUCCGUUUGAGGUAAUAGUUUUUCAAAUAUCUUGCAAGUCGAUAAAUCAUUUAAUCCAAUUUUUGUUAUGAUAUACAAAUACAAGAUUAACUGUUUAAAAUUUAAUUUAAAUGAGAUUAAAUGUCAAUUUCAAAUAAUACCUCGUGGCAGGACUGAAUAUACUGUGAUACAGGUACAAUCAGCUAUCAAAAUUAGGAAUAAAGAUAAUUUAUGUUAAGUAAUUUGUUAUUGAUCUAAUAGUCUGGGAUGUUAUGCUUAAUAUAAAUGUAUUAAUGUAUCGUUACACUUUUGUAGCUACUUAUUUAUUCUCCUCAUUUUUGGUUAACAUGAUUUAACGUGUUUAUGUUUAAAUAAAGACUUCUUAAAAUGCUUUUAUAAA